AUGAAAAAUGAUCCGCGGCAGAGGCCAGUCCGGGGAUUGACACAUCACUGACUUAAGCUUCUGCACAGAAGCAUGGCGAACUCUCUAAUCUAUCUGGUCUUGAUUCUGUCUGUGCAUUUCCUAGGGUCCAUUGAAUGUUCUUGUAAAAUGUACACAGAAGGAGCGGAUGGAUACAACGUGGUGCGAGACGACAAAGGAGUAAAGUUAUGUAUAUACGUGGAUCAGGCUGGGAGAAGUGUAGAGGUAAACGUGAAUAGAACUCACCGCCACCCCACAGACUGCGAGGACUGCAAAUGUCAACCGUCAGGGGAUCUCCAUUGUUGUAUGUACGGAGCUAAGGCUGGUAAAACAUCAUAUCCCUCAACCUGUACACUAGUUAAAGUCGGCAACUGUGAUCACAAACUUGUCUUAAAAUCUGACGAAAAAACGCCGUGCAUUCAAGGACCUAUUUAUCCUCCCUCUACAACAAUAUCAGUUAAUGCAGAGACCCGAGUUUCCAAUCAAAGCACUCCCACCAGUUUACAGCGAGAUCCGAAACCUCAAGGAGGGGACGGUGCAGCGGUGUCUCUAAGGUGUUUCCCGCCAUUUUUGUUGCUUUUUGGUGUUCUGUCUGUAAUUUUGUAUUAGUUUUGUAAAACGUCGUCAUGUAAUUAAUAAAUGUCAUUUGUACUCGAUUUUUGCUUUAAACUAAGAUAUUUGUUUUCAGAUAAUGUAUUUGAAUAACGUGUAGAUAUGAUUUUUAUUUUUAAAUUC